GGUAAAUUCGUUCGACAUUGACUGUGUGCGACCUCUAUAUUUCAGCUGCUUCUCAGCAAACAAAAGAACAACAAAAACGGGGGAUAGGUGAGAGAUGGCGCUCAGGUGGGCGGACCUUUCCCUUAGACACAUCAGAUCUCUUUUCGCUCUCGUUGUGCAAACAUCAUGUCGGAUCCCGAACAGUCAAGCGAUUCUAGCUCAAAUUCUAGUAGUUCAGGCUCCGACUCAUCAAGAAGAGGAGGCGUAAAGAAAUUUCGUCUCUCAAGUGAAAAGUCAGCUAGUUUGGCCGACUGGGUCGUAUCGGGUUUAGAUGACACUCGAGCGAAAAGUGCUAGAGAGGCCUUUAGACCCAAACUAAAGAAGAACGCCGACCUGCUGAUCAACCCCAAUCUAGAUGAUGCAUUCUACAUCCGGCUGAAGGCAGUUAAGUCAUCUUCGGCAGCCAAGGUCAACAUCGACCCAAUCGAGAAAAUCUACAGGAACCAAACCUUCAAGAUCCUUGACUUAGUCAAGCCCAUCAUGUUUCUAGCAAGUCGGCUCAAGAAAAAGAAGAAAUCCCGAGCCGACGCCAAGGCGGUCAAAACAGCUCUGAAGCUCUGGGCGGUGGUGUACCACGACAUCACGAACGCGCGACGCCGCAACAUUCUGGCCCAAAUCUACCCGCAGAAUAUUGGACUGCUAGACGACAAAGCUGUCCUGCCAACGGGUGGAGAACACCUCUUCGGUCCGAAGUUCACCCAGGCCCUGGUCGAGCAAGUGAAAACUCUGAACGCUCUCGAAAACGCGGGAGCCCCUCGCGCGCCCGGAUCUAAAGGUGGUCAUGAUCAACGCCAAUCGAAUCGCGAUUUCAGCCACCCCCCUUCAUCUUCAGGCGGUCGCUAUUCCAAUUUUAAAGGAUCUCGAUACAACAAUGAUAGCCGCAGAUCCAAUUUCGACCGUGGCUCACCCAAUCCCGCCAAUAAAGGCGAUCAGAACAACAACAACAAAUAGGCCAUUUGAACCAUGGAUCACCUUACACAUUUUCCGUUAAGCCAGAUCCACAGUUUGUUUUUGCUUCCAAUUCUGAUGUGUCUAAGGGAAAGGUCCGCCCACCUGAGCGCCAUCUCUCACCUAUCCCCCGUUUUUGUUGUUCUUUUGUUUGCUGAGAAGCAGCUGAAAUAUAGAGGUCGCACACAGUCAA